UUUCACACAGCCCCAGCCCCAGUUGGCCCCACUCGCAUCGCAGCCCCUUCGCAUCGCUUUGCAUUGCAGCCCCCUGCUCCUUUCCUUCUCUAAAGCUCCACUGUUUCUGCGCCUCCUUGCUCUUCGCUCUUUGCUCUGCCGGGAUCUUCCAGCUUUCAUUCCUUGUGCUUUUCUUCCAUGCCUUGCGCUCCUCUGCUUUUUUCUUCUUCCUCUUCUUCUACUUCUUCUUCUUGUUUUCUUGCUGGCCUGCAGCUUCGUUCGAUCCCUCCCUGUCAUGUGACGUCCUUCUGUUGUGAAUUGUUCUCUGCUGUUGGAUUGUAAGCGUUUGUGUUGUUGGCGUGUUUGUUUGCGCGUGUCUGUCCUGAGUCCGUGAGUGCAGAUUAUUAUUAUUAUUAUUAUUAUUUUUUGUGCUGUUGUUGUUGUUGUUACUUGUUGUGAUAGUUAAUUGUACUUUUAUUUUUAUUUUGUUGUGUUUUAUUUUUUUGGUUCGUCGUGAGGUGAAUGUGUCGUUGAAUUGAGGCAACGUUGCACUGGAUUGCCGUUGUGAAGUGGUGUUGACAGUGUUUCUGGGAGUCGUAGGCUUAGUUUGCGAAGCUCAAGUUGUUGUGGAUCCAAUAGUGUCGUUCGAGGUUCGAGAAAUAGUUGUGUUGAAAUCGAAGUGGUGAUGGUCCGGGAUUGUACUCUUUAUCUUCGCUCUUGCCAGCAUCUGAUCUGUUAUUCCUCCUUUAUUUGGAGAGUGCUACGUUGAGCUACAGUCAAAGAGGUGUCUAUAGUCAUACUUUGUUUAGGAGGUUCUGUUCACCAGCUCCGCAAUUCGCUGCAAAUUCGAUCGCUAUUUUUCCGCCGCAGUAUCUGUCAUCAGUAUCUUGUUUUUGAAGCAUUGAUUUCAUAUUCGCACUUUCAGUCUCGCGGCGGUUUCUUCAAUUCUGUUGUCCGUGUCCACUGUGAACAACCUCCUCUCUCGUGCUUUUUCUCCGUCUCUUGCUCUCUUUAUAUUCAGCCUUCAUCCCAAUUUUCACGUUCGCAAUUCUUUAUUUGAUAGGUAGAUGAUGUAUCUGGUGCUCAUGUAAGAUUCUACGACCUUAUUUGUUAUUCUCAGGGUGUUAUACGUCAAAUGACGCUUUGAAAGUCUGUAGUAAUGAAACUGGAGAGCGUCUUUGAUUUUGAAGUAUAAUCGACGUGAACAAUCGGCCGCUCACGACGUAGUUCAGCACCCGGUGGCAUGAAGAGGUGCAGCACCAAGGCCCCGCACACAGCUUUGCGAUGCAAACACCUUAGUCACUGGAACCUAGGAUUAUCUUUCACGAGAACUUGCAGCUAGUUGCUGGUAUUCCUGAGGGCCUCCACCAUCGAGUCCUUACGCAACAAAAAUCAGGUAUGACAUACGGAGGGUCAAGAUAGGAGUCAUGGACUCUUCCGUUCGAGGAUACCACAAACAUCUCUGCUGGUAGCAUCGUGUCCCCGACAAGUUAAACUAAAAACGCUUCAAUUCGGCAGCCAAACUUCAUGUCUAUGAUUUGACUUUUCCACGUCCGUUCCAUGUCUACAAUCCGCAGCACGCCACCACAACUCAGGUAGCAGUUACACAAAGUCCUGCACAGCUCCGACUCCACUCUGAAUACGAAUUUGUCUGCGGACCUAUCUAAGAGGUCAGUCCAACCAUGGCUACUGCAUGUCUCCAGGGGCCACAAGGCCAGGUGCAAAGUCAGCAUGGAGAGCCAUUCUUGCCUCCUGGCUUCCGGUUUCACCCGACGGAUGAGGAGUUGGUCAGCUACUAUCUGACCAACAAGGUUCUUGACAGCAGCUUUGCUGUUCACGCCAUUGCGGAAGUGGACCUCAACAAGUGCGAACCUUGGGACCUUCCUGAGAAAGCUAAGAUGGGGGAGAAGGAAUGGUAUUUCUUCAGCCUGCGUGAUCGCAAAUAUCCCACAGGCAUUCGCACUAACCGAGCCACAGACGCAGGCUACUGGAAAGCGACUGGAAAAGAUCGAGAUGUAUUUGCACAUGGCCGGCCUCCUCUGGUGGGCAUGAAGAAGACCCUGGUCUUUUACAGGGGCCGCGCUCCUAAGGGUGAGAAGACCAGCUGGAUCAUGCACGAGUAUCGGCUUGAGGGUGAUGGUGGACAUUCUCUGUCUCCUCGAGUCAACAAGGACGAGUGGGUGGUGUGUCGCAUUUUUCAAAAGAAUUCUGGAGGGAAGGGAAGUUUUUUGUUCUCGGAUUCCUGCAUGCGCAGCCAUGCGGUGAUGUACCAGAUUGAGGACACAAGGUCGUCUUUGCCACCAGUCAUGAAUAAUAACUCACCAAACCCAACUGUCACUGAUGGAGGGACCUGCACAGAUUGCGAGACAUGUGCCGGCACUGAGCAAAUGCCUGCUUGCUACAACUGCGUUGACGACUUUGAUCAUGGUAAGGAAACCAAUAGCGUCAUGUCGUGGAUCAAUGCGCAAUCGACUGGAAUGGACAUCCUGCAACAAGUAGGAGAUUUGAACAAUCUCAGCAACAUGCUUUCAAAGCAGUACCCUGUGUACGAUGCUGCUUACGAGAAGGGCAUGAGCCUGUCAAGGCAGCUAGGGUUUACCCCACAAGUGCUGUUGCAACCCGCCAACAUGACAACGCCUACAGGAUUACGAGUUACGAGCUUGCGGCCGAAGACUGAGCCAUCAUCCUUCAGCGAAGGCGAAGACGAAGCACAGAGCAUUCCGGAGGGGUAUGGCUACGACGGCUGGCAAGCUGAGGACGCCGAGGCUUCUCUAUACAAUAAUAAUGACGGCACAGCGGACGAUUCGUCAUCACCAUUGCAAAGCUCCACUGGAGGCACCGAGUUGUCUUGCUUGAGUGGGAGCUUUUGUAGUGGCGACCAUAUGAAUAACUUCAAGUACCGAUUGCAGGACAUUACUGCGCUAGCCGACUCUGGCCUUGGGACCGAAAUCUUAGGCUGGUGUUGCUGACGCAAACAAGCGUUUCUCCAGUGUACUCAUUGCAUCCUAUGCAAGAGUGAGGGUCUGGUGCAAGAUAACCUCAGAAGGAUCUUUCUCAAACUGUAAAGGAAAAAGGAAGGGUGGUCCUCCAUACACUGAUCCUCUUCUCUCAUUGAUGGGUAUGCUGCAAUCCUAUACAUAAAGCUGUGCAGACCAUCUAUAUUGUACAUUAUCUACGGUGCGAGUUUGAAGAUUGGUCAAGAGCUCGACGUGGUGGCGCGUCCACGAUGUGGACUCCGAGGUGUCACCGACAGUAAGAAGGAUGUCACUCCCAAUCCGGAUACACUUGUAUAUACUGAUGUAAUAUAAGGUGUAUUUUUUUGGUAGAAAAAAAAAUCAUGCACAUAUGUAAUUCUUUUCAUCAAUGAUUACACAUUUAGGUGCACAGGAUGAUUAGCGGCAAGUUCACCACACAAAGAAAGGGCCGAUGUGUGCCGCUGAGGAUAGACUCCGCGAUGAUUCAGGUCUGUGAAUUUAGACAGGUAUUAUAAGGGCAGGCGGAGUGCACAAGUCAGAUCAAGAAAUGUGAUGGUGCAUAUUUUGGCAUUGCUUUUUAUUGGACAUCAACAGAAAUUGAUUGGUUAAAUUACCGCCGAUAUUGUAGACGCAGGAUUUCUCUAGCAACCCGUGUUUAGGCUGACUAUUUUUCAUAAUUUCAAUUCUCCACCCCUUUUUCCCGGU